AGCCAGCAACAAGACAAUAACCAGCCAGCUUCAAUUCCCACCUCGAAGUCACAUCAUUCCUCAUACGCACGCUACGCCUCUCAAACUACGAGAUAAAUAAAAGCUAGAGGAGAAGGAAUACACAGGAAUUAAUCGUCGAUACCCAGCGGCCGAAGCUGCGAACCAUCCAAGAUGUUCAGAAACAACUAUGACAACGAUUCGGUCACUUUCUCUCCACAGGGACGAAUCUUCCAGGUCGAAUAUGCCAGUGAGGCCGUGAAGCAAGGUUCCGUCGUUGUCGGUCUUGUCAGCAAAACACACGCCGUCCUCGUAGCUCUCAAGCGCAAUGCAGAAGAGCUCUCCUCCUACCAAAAGAAGGUCAUCGCGAUCGACUCGCACUUCGGUCUGGGUCUCGCCGGCCUCGCCUCCGACGCCCGCGUCCUCUCCAACUUCCUCAAGUCGCAAUCGCUCUCCUCGCGCCUGACAUACGGGCGCGCGCUCCCCAUCGAGCGCGCCGUCUCCGCCAUCGGCGACCGCGCCCAGACCAACACCCAGCACUACGGCAAGCGCCCAUACGGUGUUGGACUGAUCGUCGUGGGCGUUGACGAGACGGGGCCACACCUGUUUGAGUUCCAGCCUAGCGGUCUGACGCAGGAGAUGGUGGCGUGUGCGAUUGGUGCGAGGAGUCAGAUGGCGAGGACGUACUUGGAGAGGAACGCAGAUGAGUUUGCUGAUGCGAGCAGGGAGGAACUGGUCUCGCAUGGGCUGAAGGCGUUGAAAGAGAGUUUAGCGCAGGAUAAGGAUUUGACGGUGGAGAAUACUAGUAUUGGUAUCGUUGGCAUUGCACCAAAGGGAAGCCAAGAUAUUGAGCCGUUCAAGCUGUAUGAUGGGCAGGAGGUUAAGGUGUGGAUUGAGGCUGUUGCGGAGGGGAAGGAUGAUGAGGCUGAGGCCGAGGCCCCGACGGAGACGAUGGAUGUUGACGACGCAUAAGGUGUGGGUUGAAUUGGGUUGGCUAUGAUGCUCAUACCACUAGCCGUUACGCCGCUGGGCAAAGAUGGAAGGGCACAAAGGGCUCGUGAAUCCGUAGGGAAGCAUAGACGACCUUGGCGCUUAACAUGAAAUUGGCGUCUAUGUACAGUACCAUUAUGAAAGAUAAUUUGCAAGGCGUCUUGUCAAUUCCGUACUCUUAUGCCCAGUUUAUGAUCCUGGAUUGUCAAAACCUAAUAGCAUGGAUAAUGAAGUUAGCAAAGGCCACAUUUUGUGACCAUUAUGCUUUCGAUCCUCAUGCCAGUCUAGAAAACAUUCG